UCCCAUCUCGACUGUCAGAGGCGCUCUCGAUCUGCCUAUAAAUACACUUGCUCUGCAUGCAUAGCUUCUCAUCGAGUUAGCUCAGACACAAUCUCAUAAUACAUUGUGAUCGACUGAAGACAAUAGGGGUAAACCAUGGCGACAUACAAGGGUUUCCUGCUCCUGUUUGCUCUCCUGCUUGCUGCUGCUCUCGUCAUCGCCGCGGCCGAAGAAAAAACUCAGGCCAAGAAGGAGGAUCCCACGGCUGACUUGCAGGACUACUACCGCGGCGGUGGAGGCUACCCCGGACGUGGAGACUACCCCGGCCGCGGAGGAGGCGGUUAUCCUGGCCGUGGAGGAGGAGGAGGGUACUACCCGUACCCUGGCCGCGGAGGAGGCGGCUACCCAGGCCGUGGCGGCGGCGGCGGGUACUGCCGGUGGGGCUGCUGCCGCCGCGGGUACUACGGCGGCUGCCGGUGCUGCGGCCGCUUCGACGAGAUCCCGGAGCCCAUGUACCGCCCUGAGGCGGUGGUGCACCACUAAGCUCAGCAGAUUGCUCAAUAUGAAUAAAAGGAAGGUAAAUGUGCGCGCGUACAUAUGUACGCGUGUGUGAACCGUACGUGAUCUUGGAAAACGCAGCUGUGUGUUCUUGCAAGGUUAUAUAUGUGUUGUUGCGCCUGCUAGCUUGUUCAGAAGACUCUUCGGUAGACCGAUCGAUGUACUGUAUUGCGCCGUGUUCAUGAAAUAAAAAUUGCAGGCAGACUGCUUGCUCUCCUA